AUGAAUGAAGAAGACAUCGACGCGGCAUUCUAUGAUGCUGUGGAUAAUAUGAACAACGAAAAGAAAUUGGACUCACACAUCUUCAGUUAUAUUUUGAAACAAAAGGACAUUAUUAUCAAGGAGUUGAGGGAAAAAAUCAAAAUCCUGAACGAUCAUAUUGAAUUAUUGAAUGAACAAAAAAACCAAUCAAAGGUAGUGAAUGAUAAAAACCAUCCAAACGAUGAGAAGGUACCAUUGAUCAACAAAAAAUCACGGACCGCAAAAAACAGUGAAGGCCAGGCUGGUACGUCGGCUGUGAAUAAGGGAAUAAACAGCGUUGCCGCGGUGCCUGAUAUAUCAGAUAAAAUGGGUAAGUCAAUCACUACAGAACAGGUUGGUGCAGCUUUAAAGGAAGCAAACUCUCAGGUAUUAAUGAGGAAGGUCCAACAGUUAAGUAAAUCUCCAGCUGAAAACACAGAGAGUAGUAAUGGUGACGACUGGGUGAAGGUGACGAAGAGAAAGAGAAGAUUCUUGGUGGGUAACACUGACUCUACUUGUGAAGUUGAAACAAUUCCCAGAUUAGUACAACUACAUGUUACGAGAUUAAAGCCUGGAACUCAACCACAAGAUCUCCAGAGGUUUCUUGCAGAGAAACUUUUGGGAGUGAAAUGUGAGGAGCACCCUUCCAGAAGACCUGAUAUUUACGCCUCUAUGAAGGUUACCAUAGAUCGCCAAUGGCUCAAAACAGCAUGGACUCGCGAAACAUGGCCAAACGGUGCAAUAGUUUCUUUUUUUGCAAAAAAGAGGAUGUUGUCCGAGACGACAAAUCCUCAAACCAUGAAUCAAAUUUAA